AUGCUAAUAUCUAAAGAGUUUGUUUGCGGGCAGGAAGAUGCAGGUUCAGCCCUCAACUGCCCCAGAGACAUGCAGACCCGGAAGCGAAGACGAGAGGGGGCCAUUUUAGACAGGAAAAAGCCUUGUUUCGCCGGAGGUCGUUCCAACACAAGAGGCUUUCUGACGAGGUCGGAAAAUAACUGUCAUAACUGCCAAUCCCCGACGCAUGGAGGAGUUUUCUCCCGCAGCUUGAAAGUUGACAGACCAGUGCUAGCCACUUCUGCUAAGCUCCAGCUCACCAGAAACAGCCAAAGGCAAAAAGCGUUCCAAGAUCAAAUCUAUCAUUGUCAGCCAAGAGAAGCAGAGAACUGUGGCGUGUUUCAAACAACCAGCUUCUAUGUCGCUAAUAAUUUAAGCAACCCUUGGGGCAAAGUUUCAGGGGACGUUCUGCCCAGUGAAAAGCCUAUAGGCUUUGGGCCCUGCGGAAACUGGGACGGCCCUAAUGCGGGGACUGGCUGGGAUGGUUCUAGGAAGGCAAAAUCCAACGAAUCACCAGAGCGCAUGAAAAUCGAUGUUGGGAGAUCUGGUUCCAGCGUCCGGAGCAUAUCAACCUCAAAAUUUAUUACUGGUGAGAUUUCCCGAUGGAUUCCACAAAAACGCUCCCAAGAAACUCCAGGAAAGACGGUUUUCCCUCAGCUUGUCACGAACACAAUGAAGUCGCAGGAUCUUGUUGGUUGUUCAGCAUUCAAAAAAGUGGACACGGGGAGCCAGAUCCUAGCUCCGAAAAAUGUCACCCCCUCCUCUCUUUGGAGAUCCAGCAUGCCCACCCAACCUUUCGGGUUCGACUGCGGAAAAGCGGGAACGUAUCACCAUAACUUCGAUCAUUGUCGAGCAAAACGGAAACGAAAGAAAGGCUGA